AAAAACAACACACAUAUUUGUUGUGUGUGGCCUAAUUAACUAAAGUGAAACUUCCCUACGUUUGUUUGUCAAACAAAUUAGCCACCCUGUCAAGUUACUUAGCACCACCACCUUGUUAUUUCCAAAUGCCAUCAAGCUAGCUAGGAAUAUUUUCUUAUACUUCACAUUUUUUGCUCUUUGCUUAGUUGCUAUAUAUAUUACUACAAUCCUAAUUGAAAUUCAACCACUCUUGUCAAUCAUAACUGAAUUAGCUUUCUUUGCUAACUUUGCAACACAAUAAGACAUGGGAGAAUUAGAAGGUUCCGAUUUGAACAAAACCGAGUCAUCACUAGAAGUUGUUCCUGAAGAGCAUUCGCCGGUUCUGGUAAAGGAAUCAGAUGCUCUUAACACAAUCAGCCAGGAACCAAAUGAUCAACAAGUCACUUCUAUAGUUGAUGAUGAUCAAAAGGUUGUAGAAGAUCAUGCUGAUAAUAAGGAAACAGGGGAUCAUGAUGAUAAAAAGGAUACUAAAGACUCAACUGAUAGAGAUACUGGACUUGCAAAGAUUGUAGCAGAGAAAAGAUUGGCUUUGAUUAAAGCAUGGGAAGAAAGUGAAAAAACAAAGGCAGAAAAUAGGGCAUACAAGAAGCAAUCUGCUGUUGGAUUAUGGGAGGAAAGCAGGAAAGCAUCUAUAGAGGCACAACUCAAGAAAUUUGAGGAAAAUUUGGAAAGAAAGAAGGUUGAAUAUGUUUUAAAAAUGAAAAAUGAAGUAGCUGAAAUCCAUCAAUAUGCUGAAGAGAAAAGGGCAAUAGUUGAGGCUCAAAAAAGGGAAGAAUUUCUUGACCUAGAAGACACAGCUGCAAAGUUUCGUAGCCGUGGAGUUGCACCAAAGAAAUUUUUUGCAUGCUUUAACAAUUAAGUUCUUUUAAGCUAGCCAAAUAAAAAGAACUGAAUUCUUGAUGUUCAAUUAUGUAUACUUUAAAUAAAGUGUGGUUUUAAAUGUGAUGCAUUGUUGUUUGUAUUGUUAAAAGGAAACUAUAUAUGUAUGAGUAUUGUUAAGCUAUAGUUAUCUCAAUGGUUGUUUCUCUCA